UUCACGUUUCUUUUCACUCCUUAGAUGGAGAAAGAACAUGUUGACACCAAGAAACAUCUCCAACAGGAGAAAGACGAAAAGAAGAAAGCUGAGAACGAAGUGGCAACCCUGAAGAAUGAGCUGGAAAAGUUAAAGAGAAAUAAUUCAGAAACCAACAAUCAGCUCCAGCAGGAGACAAAGGAAAAUGAGACCCUGAAGAAACAUCUGGAAGAGAAUGAGAAGAAGUUGAUGGAGACUGAGAGUGAACUGAGGACAGAAGGCAACAAGCUGGAGAUCAGUCGAAAAAACUCAGCCAGUGGAAGAUCAACAACACCACCCAUAACUGUAGAAGAGGUUCAUCAAAACGGCCUCUACAUCCGUCUUAAGAACAUUUCCACUGAGGAGAUAAAACUGGGAGGCUGGAAGUUAGAACUACUGAAGAAUGACAGAGAAACAGACACAUACGCAUUUAAGGAGCCAUUAAAACUUCAUGCUGGAGGAAUUCUCUGUAUCUCCUCCCAACGCUAUUCAAGCACACCUUAUGGAGAUGUUAGACUGCUGUGGUCGAAAAUGAUGAAAUGGAGUCCUGAAGACAAACUGAAGAUCAACCUCAUCAGAAACAAAGAAGAGAUGUUCAGACUGCUGUAAUGUGAAUAAACAUGUGAAACAUCUUUAUUUUUUUUAAAUUUCUGCAUUAUUCAAAGUGAGCCUUUGUUUUUUCUGCAUAUCAAAUUUAUAUUAUCUUUUUAAAAAUCAUUUUUGAGUUUUAUUUUUCUGAAGCUUGUUUUCAAAUGUCCAUUUUAUAUUUUUAUCUAAUUAAACCAAGUUCAGUUCUGUGGAAAACUCAUUAGGUUUGUUGUUUUAUCAAAGUUGUAAUGAACAGAAGAUACAACAAGAAAAGACCAGAAAUAUGUACAACAUAAAAACAAUCAGAACAAAAUGUUUUCUACAAGUUAAAGUCAGUUUUUAGUUUAACCUCCUUUUGCUGUUCUUCAAACUUCAUGUGUCGACUGUCUUCAGGUUUUCUUCAGUAAUCUUGUAUUUUAUUCAAUAAAUCUUCUUUCACUGAACAGA